AUGUCCUCCUCUCGGGAGGAAAGCCCAACCAAACGUCAGAUGGAGGACGACGAGACGCCUCGACCGAGGCGAAAGCGCAUACAAUAUCCGAGGUCCGACUCGAGCUAUUCGCUCGCGUCGCGAUCGCAAGCAUCAGAGCACUCUGGAUUGGCAGGUCGCUUGUCGCCCCAGAAGCAUUUGAACGCCCUCGAACUUGGGAACGAGGGUAUCGUGGUACGGGAACUGGCCAGUCUUCGCGAUCCGCCGACCAGCCUCGCCGGACUUUUGAAGACGAUGCGGCAAAUCUCCCGGGGCCGUCACAUUAUUGACUCCGCCUCCCGAAUCGAACUUGGGAAACAUACACACCCAGCAAUCGUAGAAAUUGCUGAAGAUGAUGCUUGUUUCUCGCCCAGUCGCGGAGAUCUUGGCCAUGUUCCCGAUUCAACAUCAAUUCUCAAUGUGUUGGAUGCGGCCAUUGAAUGCCAAGAGAACUUCCAUGCUGAAUCGAGUUGGAAUAUGCUUGUGCACUCCCAGCUACUUCAGCUUGCCCUACACCAGCCAGGCGCUCCAUCGUUUUCCCACUUCGUCAACUACAUGCCUUGCUCGACUGCAAGCAUUCUUCCAAAUUAUCUACCGCCUUAUUCUCCCUCGAAAAAAGUGGAUUUCUGCAUAUAUCUCGAGCCAGCGCGGGAGCCGACAUCAGACACAUCACAAUUAGCCGCAACCCAAUCUUUGAUCCAAACUGCGAGGGUACAUCUCGCAGGAAAUGUUAUCAACCACACAGACUAUUACCCACUACGACAGAGACCCAUGGCUCUAGGCAUCGAGACUAAGAAGACUGGGGAGGGCUGGGAUAGCGCCGCAUUGCAGAUCGGGGUGUGGCACGUCGCACAUUGGGACCUUCUGACAGAACUCUCCAGAACUGAUACCCAGGAUGAAACUGUGUCGGAUGUACAGCCUCAGAAAGCACGUCUUCCAGAGUUUCUCCCUGGCUUAAUUAUCCAGGGUCACGAUUGGUAUCUGGUUGUGACGACGCGCGAGGCAUCCCAGACCAUACUGUGGACGAAGCUCACUAUCGGGACUACAAGCAACGUCAUGGGCAUUUAUCAAAUCAUUCUCGGACUUCAAGUGCUUCGCAGAUGGGCUCAAUACACUUAUUGGCCUCUUUUCCGUCAGUUGAUUAUGCCCAAAUAA